GAAAAAGAAAAAGAAAAAGAAAAAGAAAAAGAAAAAGAAAAAGAAAAAGAAAAAAAGAAAAAGAAAAAGAAAAAGAAAAAGAAAAAGAAAAAGAAAAAGCUUCCCGCCUGGCCUGCCGAGCAGCCCCCGCACCGGCCGAGGGGAAAGUAA